AUGGGAUUAGUACAGAGAAAACAACCAUCGCAGGUGAAUGAAAUCAGGGAAACGUCUAUCCCAGAUGAUAUUACGCAUGAUUAUGGAGAUAUAUUCAAAGGUUUAGGGUGUAUGCCAGGCACUCACACAAUCAAGACCGAUAGUACCGUUACACCAGUUGUUGACGCGCCACGUAAAGUUCCGUUUGCACUCAAGGACAGAAUAAAAAAGGAGUUUGACCGUAUGGAGCAGGAAGGUGUAAUCGUGAAACAGGAAGACCCUACACAAUGGGUUAAUUCUAUGGUGACGGUAGUAAAACCUAACGGAAAGAUACGGAUUUGUAUAGACCCAAAGAACUUAAACAGCGCCAUAUUGAGAGAACAUUUUCCGAUGAAAACUGUAGAGGAUGUUAUCGCGAACAUGCCUCAAGCCAAAGUGUUCACAAAACUCGAUGCUACUUCUGGUUUUUGGCAACUGAAACUUGAUGAGGAGAGUAGUAAACUUUGCACUUUCAACAGCCCGUUUGGGAGGUACAGUUUCAGAAGAUUACCAUUUGGUAUAAAAUCAGCGCCAGAAGUGUACCAGAGAGCCAUUUCAGAAAUGGUAAAUGACCUAGAAGGAUGUGAUGCAAUCGUCGAUGAUUUGUUGAUAUGGGGUGAAAACAUUGAACGACAUGAUGAACGUUUGAAAAAAGUUCUUGACCGAGUACGAGAAUACAAUUUGAAAUUGAACCCAGAUAAUUGCCGAUUCCGUCAAACCGAGCUAAGUUACGUCGGACAUAAACUGACAGAUCGAGGUGUAAAACCAGAUGACGAGAAAGUCCGGGCGGUCAAAGAUAUGUGUCAACCAGAAAACAAGAAAGAACUUCAAACAUUCCUAGGAUUUUUUUUACAUAUCUUGGUAAAAUCCUACCUAACCUCUCGGAGGAAAGUUUACCACUUCGGAAACUACUAUUCUACAGGACUUGGAGCAGCAUUGAUCCAAGAUGGACAGCCGAUUACCUAUGCCUCGCGUGCGUUAACAGAAACACAACAGAGGUACGCGCAAAUAGAAAAAGAAACAUUGGCAAUAGUAUUUGGAUGUACGAAACAUCACCAAUUUAUAUUUGGUCGAGAGGUCACAAUCGAAUCGGAUCACAAACCGUUACAAGCGAUAUUCCGAAAACCACUCAACCGUGCUCCACCAAGACUACAGAAACUGUUGUUGACAUUACAGAAAUAUACUCUGAAUGUUGUGUAUAAGCCAGGGAAGGCCAUGUAUCUUGUCGAUGCAUUGAGUCGGAGCUACCUAAAUGAGACCAGAGAGAACCUUGUUCCAGAUAUUGAUAUUGAAGUAAACCAGAUUGUGUCAAACUUACCAAUUUCAUCACAGAAAUAUCAAGAGUUCAAACGCGAGACCUCAAAAGAUGAAGCAUUGUCACAGCUCAGAGAAAUGAUCAUCAAUGGAUGGCCAGAGAACAAACAUGAAAUACCAGAGACAGCUCAUCAUUAUUGGCCAUUCAGAGACGAGCUAUCAUGUAUAGAUGGCCUACUGUUCAAGAGCCAUACUAUCAUUGUUCCCAGAACAUUACGUCGUGAAAUGCUCAAAACAAUCCAUAGUUCUCACCUUGGAAUCGUAAAAUGUAAAUCGCGGGCACGCGAACUACUGUACUGGCCGGGGAUGAGUUCUGAAAUAGAGGACACAGUGUCAAAAUGUUCAACAUGUGCCACUAACUCUAGAAAAAAAUCAAAGGAGCCAUUAUUAAUGACGGAAUAUCCGAACCGCUGA